UGCCUUCCAGGUCCUCUGGCUGCUUGCGCUUCUUGCUUCUCGCCAUGCCCGAGCCGGCCAAGUCUGCUCCGGCUCCCAAGAAAGGCUCUAAGAAAGCCGUCACCAAGGCCCAGAAGAAGGAUGGCAAGAAGCGGAAGCGCAGCCGCAAGGAGAGCUACUCCAUCUACGUGUACAAGGUGCUGAAGCAGGUCCACCCCGACACCGGCAUCUCCUCCAAGGCCAUGGGCAUCAUGAACUCCUUCGUCAACGACAUCUUUGAGCGCAUCGCCGGCGAAGCGUCUCGCCUGGCGCAUUACAACAAGCGCUCCACCAUCACUUCUCGGGAGAUCCAGACGGCAGUGCGCCUGCUGCUGCCCGGCGAGCUGGCCAAACACGCAGUGUCCGAGGGUACCAAGGCCGUCACCAAGUACACCAGUUCCAAGUGAGUCCCCUCUUGGGACGCGCUUGCUUCUAAAGGCUCUUUUCAGAGCCACCCCACCUUCUCAGUGAA